AUGGAUCUUAUUGUGUUUGCAGCUGUUGCCUUUUAUAGGCCAGGAUCUAAUAUGAGGGUAGAGUGCAGGGCCUUGCUUGAUGGAUUAAAAAUGAUUUUGAGCAAUGAUUUGGAGGGUCAUCAGUUUUGGAUUGAGUCUGACUCACAAGUGUUGGUUCAGAUGGUGUUGGGCCAAGCUGGAUCUGGCAGAUGCUCUAAGUUUUUUAAAAGUGAUGGUUUGCCUCUUGCUGGAAUACAGCUUUUACCGCAGGAUCAAGGUAGGUUACCAUUACCUACUGCUAGAUUGAAGAAGACUGUUGUGUUUGAUAAAAGUAAUGGAGCUGGAUAA